CCCGGGAUUGCUGAGGUCCCUGGCGUGGCAUUCGUAGUCUCUGGGAUUGCUGAGGUCCCCAGCAUGGCAUUCGUAGUCCCCGGGAUUGCUGAGGUCCCCGACGUGGCAUUCGUAGUCCCCGGGUUUGCUGAGGUCCCCGACGUGGCAUUCGUAGUCCCCGGGAUUGCUGAGGUCCCUGGCGUGGCAUUCAUAGUCUCUGGGAUUGCUGAGGUCCCCAACAUGGCAUUCGUAGUCACCGAGGUACCUGAGGUCCCCGGCAUGGCAUUCGUAGUCCCCGGGAUUGCUGAGGUCCCCAACAUGGCAUUCGUAGUCCCCGGGAUUGCUGAGGUCCCCGGCGUGGCAUUCGUAGUCCCCGGGUUUGCUGAGGUCCCCGACGUGGCAUUCGUAGUCCCCGGGAUUGCUGAGGUCCCCGACGUGGCAUUCGUAGUCCCCGGGAUUGCUGAGGUCCCUGGCGUGGCAUUCAUAGUCCCCGGGAUUGCUGAGGUCCCCGACAUGGCAUUCGUAGUCCCCGGGAUUGCUGAGGUCCCCAACUUGGCAUUCGUAGUCCCCGGGAUUGCUGAGGUCCCCGACAUGGCAUUCGUAGUCCCCGGGAUUGCUGAGGUCCCCGGCGUGGCAUUCGUAGUCUCUGGGAUUGCUGAGGUCCCCAACAUGGCAUUCGUAGUCCCCGGGAUUGCUGAGGUCCCCAACAUGGCAUUUGUAGUCCCCAGGAUUGCUGAGGUCCCCAACAUGGCAUUCAUAGUCACUGAGAUACCUGAGGUCCCCAGUACAGCAUUCGUAGUCCCCGGCGUGGCAUUCGUAGUCCCCGGGUUUGCUGAGGUCCCCGACGUGGCAUUCAUAGUCACCGAGAUACCUGAGGUCCCCAGUAUGGCAUUCGUAGUCCCCGGCAUGGCAUUUGUAGUCCCCGGGAUUGCUUAGGUCCCCGACGUGGCAUUUGUAGUCCCUGGGUUUGCUGAGGUCCCCAAUGUGGCAUUCAGAGUCCCCGGGAUUGCUGAGGUCCCCAACGUGGUAUUCGUAGUCCCCGGGAUUGCUGAGGUCCCUGACGUGGCAUUCGUAGUCACCUGGAUACCUAAGGUCCCCGGCGUGGCAUUCGUAGUCACCGGGAUACCUAAGGUCCCCAACAUGGCAUUCGUAUUCCCCGGGAUCGCUGAGGUCCUCAGAGUGGCAUUUGCAGCGUCCGGGAAUGUGAGCUCGUACUACGUGAACUGCCCGCUUUGUGUUUCGGUACGUUGCGGUCAUAAAGCCCAACACCACUCAGAAGUGAAUUCUUGUAUUUUGUGACCGUGUGACCUUGUGUGAACGCUCUUGGGGCUGGAGGUAUCGGCAGGUCAGCCCUGCCUGAGGAGGGCCACUUGGGUGAACGGGACGUAUUUCUGUAGGGCAACCAACGAGGCACAGACAAGUGGGGAUUAAGUUCCUCGGGUGCUCGAAGCAGGGAGAGCUUGGUUGUCUCCACUGGGAGAAAUUGCAGGAACCGAGGGGACUCGGGGAAAUCACUGGAUUUAGUGGGAAGGGGCGAAGGGCGGGCGCUGCAGGAAGGAAGUUCAGACGGGCGACCCGAUGAGCGUCCUGCCCGGCGGCCUGACAGCGGAGGGCCUGCGGAUGAGAGCCGGGACCCCGUGGCUGUGCGCCUGAGGGGUUGGCCGGGACGCAGCGCUCUGGGCUGGGACGCGCGCUUGCUUCCACCGCUGGCUGCACGGGCGUCUGAAACGUGUGCGUGCCGUGGGGGCGGGGUGUGCCCAGGACCCUAGGGGCGGGAUGCUGGGAGCGGCUGGCAGGUGUGUGGACCUGCAGGGAGUCUGGGCGCAGGAGGGGUCACGGAGGGUCUGGCAGGUCCGCACGCCGGAGUCACAGAGGUCGGCGGGAACCGCUCGCGGAGGCCCGGUGGAGAUAGUUUCCUCCUCUGGUUCGCGGUUUCCGUGACCGGCGCAGGGAGUGGUUUUGAGGGAGAGCGGAAUGCUUUUCUCCCCAAGAAUUUUCAGAAAGUAGUGACGAUCUCGUGUGGGAUUUGAAGUUGGCUUUAAACGCGUCUUCGCGUAUUUGGAAUUUUAUGGACCGUAUCCGUUGAAUUUCGAGAACGAGUUACCCGAGAGGGCCCAUCUUUUUACUGGGUCCCGAUGGUAAGGCCCCUUCCCAUAGUCCCCAUCAGCGCAUCGCGUCAGGCCGCGGUUACAGAGAGAGACCCGAUGUCCGGCCGCGGGCGGGCAGGGCACGGAGGGCUGGUGCUCGGGGCUCCGAGGCACAGAUUCUCACCGCGGAGAAACCCUUCCCACGGGCACAGACACACGACGGCUGACCGCGAGCCCUUUGCAGCCCAGCGGCUUGGGUUCCGCAGCUGGGAGGGAGGGGCGGGAGGAGCGCGGACCGUGGAAACGACACACGGCAGCCCCGACGCGCACGGAGUGCUGGGUGGCCGUGUGCGUGACCCGCCCAGGGACGCUCGCUAGACACAGAUGGCGCCGUGUGUUCGGCCGACGUGGCACGUGAGAGGGGCACUGGGCACGUCUUGCCGGCUCUACGUGGGCAAAGCGGGGUCCUGAGCAGGAAGGGCUCCCUGCGUCCGUCACCCGCGAUCCCAGCCAGCACGUCUGUGCCGCUCAGAACACUGACUGCGUCUGAGGAAGCUCUUUUGAAGGGAAGCCAGAGCGUAACGUGAACGGGCUGUUUGUUUACCUACGUCCUCUCCCAGCGACAAAGCCCAGGAGACGCAGGUCGAGGUGCCGCCCGUCCUGUGGGGCUGGUGGGCGCGGCUGCCACGUGCAAAGGACACGGCACAGUGACGACAGCAGCUGAGGGCCCAGCUUGCCCAGUGACUGGCUGAGAGCUCCUCCGGCCCCUCCGGGGGGCGUGCGUCCCAGUAACCUCCUGCUGCCCUAUUUUAUUUAAAGUAUUUUUUUUUUUUUAUCUCGGAAAGAGGAGAGCGUCAGUGGGCAGAGGGGCCGAGGGACAGAGAGCUGAGCUCUGAGGCCGACACAGGCCUCGAUCCCAUGACCCUGAGACCGUGACCUGAGCCGGAAGCAAGAGUCGGUUGCUGCACCCGCUGCUGAGCCCCCCCGGAGCCCCCCAGUAACCUUGUGCCACUUUAAUUCACGAUUCGUAGAGGAAACGAUGUGUCCUGAGAUGAGCACCUGAAUUGCACGGAGGACACGGCCUAGUUCUCCGUCUCAUCCCGGAGCGUUUUCAGCGCACACGGCUGAGAAAGGAGCCACUCCUCACCCCUGGAGGACUUCAGUCGCAGCCGUGCCAAUGUGCUCGCUGAUGGCACGCUUCUGCCUGCCGCAGACGCCGCUGAGUAAAUUGAUGGCUGUAAAACCUACAGCCACAUGUCAGAUGUUUGAUGCUUUAAAAACGUUCUUAAAACAUCAAGAGUGCUUCCUGCGAAACACAGUUUGUGCCACACUCUUCCUUCCUUCCCCAAAAGUCUUUUCCCCCAGAAAUGGUAAUUAACUUCAGAAAAACGUUCAUGCAUAAAAUGCCCUAAGAAGAGUCCUAAUUUGUUUCUUAAAAAGCUAUAGGGAGCGGAUAAGAGUCCUGUGAGGUUUGGGGCGCCCGGGUGGCUCAGCGGGUUAAACAUCAGACUCUUGGUUUCAGCUCAGGUCAUGAUCCCGCGGUUCACGAGUUGGAGCCCCACGUGGGACUUGACGUGGACAGGGCGGAGCCUGCCUGGGAUUCUCUCUCCUCCUCUCUCUGCUCCUCUGCCACUCGCUGUCUGUGUCUCUCUCACAAUAAAUAAACUUUAGGGCGCCUGGGUGGCUCAGUCGGUUAAGCGUCCGACUUCAGCUCAGGUCACGAUCUCGCGGUCCGCGAGUUCGAGCCCCGCGUCAGGCUCUGUGCGGACAGCUCAGAGCCUGGAGCCUGUUUCAGACUCUGUGUCUCCCUCUCCCUGACCCUCCCCCGUUCAUGCUUUGUCUCUCUGUC